AUGGCGGUGACGCUCUCUUCGAAAACGGAUAUCACGAGCCUGAACGAUACAACUUACACCCUCUCUGCAAGCUUAAAGCGUUUAUUCCAUUCUUCAAAAUUCACGGAUAUCACAAUCCAGGCGGGGGAAGAAGAAUUCAAGGUCCAUAAGCUCAUCCUCUCUGGUCAAUCGGAGUAUUUUUCACGUAUGUUUAGUGCAGAGUGGAAGUUAGAAGAUGAUCCUCGAACGAUCGAAGCGAUGCUCCGUUUCAUGUACGGGCUCGAUUAUGAUAGUAGCAGUCAAGGGCGCACUUCACCGAUGCUUUUCGCUUCCAAAGUGUAUGUUGCUGCCGACUAUUAUGGCAUUCCAGAAUUGAAAGAGAAGGCGAAGGCAAAGUUCAAGGUCGCUGUGCGUGCUUGCUGGAACAUGAAUGACUUCCCUAUUGCCAUCGUGGAAGUCUAUACACGCACCCUGCCUAUGGAUCGGAACCUACACAAUAUACUUGCGAAUACGGCUAAAGACCAUUUUGAGCUGCUGUUGCAAAAGGAUGAGUUCCUGUGCACACUCGAACAGUGCGGACGCUUUGCAGCGGAUAUCGCGAAACUCCUGGCGAGCAACUAUUCCUCAAUAAACGUAACAAAGUAUAAAUGCCCCAAAUCUACCUUGCACAGGAAUCCUACCCCUAUUAUUCUGGUUGUAGGAAACCUUUCGCCACUUAAAUUUCAUGGAAACCCUUUGCAACUAUCUCCGAAAUAG